GAACUAUCUUUUUAAAACGAUUGAUAUUUAAACUACUUUAAGUUUAAUUAUCAAUUGUUAAUAUCAUACUACGAAUGUAGAGCCCUGAAGAAGGCAAAAUAAAUGCUGAAAGGCUGGUAGUAGUGCAAAACGCUGAUUUUCAGAUACAUCCCUGAUCCCUAAACAAUUGCAUUACAAAGCUGUUCAAUCAUCACUGUUGGAAUAAUCACAAUUUUUUUUUUUUCAAAGUUUAAAAAUCACUUUUCACAUAUGUUCUAAUCUGGGGGGUCACAAAUUGGUUUUUGGUUAACCAAGUUUUUGCUGAGUUGAAUAAGCACUAAUACACUUUAAUAAUAAAGACAUGCAAUCAUUCAUUAUUACCAAUUGGUGUCAAUACAGAUGGCUAAAAUGAAUGGUAUAUUUGAAACCCACAAUUAUACAUACAGUCAGUACAGUACAGUGGUAAUAAUGCUUUGCAAAAUCAUCAUAAAGCAUAAACAAGUUGCAAAAUUAUGGUAAAAUAUUACAAAAAUGAAAUCAGAAUGUAUGAAAUUUACUCGAUUGUUGUUGCAAAUAUCAGGCUUCAUUCCAAUUAACAAUUCUUAUGGCUAUUCUUUCAGUUUUAAACUUAUUUCAUUGAAUGGAAAAGUAGCUAUGCUUGUGUACAGUUUCAUUUCAUUCAUGUUUGUUGUACAGUCUGACUUGACAGAAUCAUUCUUGGCAAUGACAAUUUUCUGUAUGUCAGUGCAACUUGUGCUGAAGGCAUAUAUGACAAGCAAAAACAAUUUUUUUAAAAUGCUCGAUGAAGCAGACCAACUGUUGGAAAAUGUCUUGACAGACCAAAAGGCGUAUGACAUUUUUGAACCGAUGUUUACUUUCAUACCACUUCAUUUUUUACAAAUAGUAAUUGACUACUUUUCUGACAGACCGCUUAAAAAUCCUUACCAGCUGUGGUCGCCUUUCAGUUCCGUUUUAUUGUCAUAUUUCUUUCAAUCAUACAUCCUACUAAUGGCUGGUAUAAUUGAGACUUCUUACCUUGACAGCAUUGCCAGUGUUUCCCUACAUAUUACAGGCUGCUUAAAAAUUCUUUCUCACCGAUUGAGCAAUCAGUCAAUGUUUGUCUCUAAAAAAGUUGAGAGGGAGUCUAUUAAAAUUCAUUCAGAUGUAAUUCGGUUAGUGGCAUCAAUGAAUAAAAAUUAUGGAGCAAUGUUAACAAUAGAGAUAUUAUUUGCUUCCGUUCAGGCUUGUUUAGCAGGGUAUCAAAUCAUGGUUGGACUUGAAAAUUUGCAUUCAAACCUUUUAGUUUUUUUCAUUACAUUUAUAUUUGUUUGGCUGUUGCCUUCGAUGAUAUGCUUCUGUGGCCAGGAGAUAGAAACAGAGAGUGAAAAUAUACACAGACUGCUGCAUUACAACUCAUGGUUUCAAAGAAGUCCAGAAAAUAGGAAAACAGUGUUUUUCCAGAUGCUGAUGAUGUCAAAGCCCCUGAAGUUGCAUUUCAGAAAUUUUAUUGUGUUUAACGUUGCACAACUUGCUGGGGUGUUACAAUCGGCCUACACAGUCAUGACAAUGAUGCGAUUAUUUUUCAAUUGAAUACUCAUUAAAGUUGUCAUUAUUUACAGUUA